AAUACUAGUCUGUACAUUCAUCCUUCAUCCUACUCGUAUCCUUGCACGUGAGGGAGUCUUCACAGUUUUCUCUCUCUCUCCAUUGCCCACGAUGGCAGCCAUGGACGCAGAAGCAGACCCAUCCUCAUCCCUCGCCUCCUCUUCGCGCCCCACCCCACCAGCCUACCGCAUCUUCCUAGGCGAUACAGAGGGAGCUCUCAAGCUCUUCCAUGCUCAGUGUGCCUCCCUGCCCGACAGCUUUCAGCCACCUCUACCUGAACUGUUGAAGAUCUCGGGGGACGACACUGACAAGAAGAGGAGAGCUGCCGGCGAUGGAGCAGUGCCGGGUCCUGAGAGAGCUGUGCAGAAGAUGGCUAGUGGACAUCUGCAGGGAGUAGGAUGGGUGAUCGCCAUUGCUCGGAAAGACGCCACCAUCGAUGUUGUUCUGCCCCCGGCCGCUGAUGCACCGAGGGAAGUCCCUGCCUCACCACAACAAGCCUUGCUCCUAGUUUCGAUCACUCAUGACAAGAUGAAACCUGGUCUGCAGAGAUGGGUAGGACUGGCAGUAGGACCAGAAGGGAUCUACGCUUGCACCUCCGCAGGUAACUUCAUCUAUGCUAGCCUCUCUUCCGAUGCGACCUCUUCAUCUACUCGCCCAAAGCUACAAGUCUCUCAUGUUCAGCGGCUCGAGCUGCCCGAACCCCUACAGUCGCUCGUCUUCCACCCUGCAAGUGAUCCAACCCACUUCCUCUAUGGAGGGGAGGAGAUUCCACUCAGUCUCUGGCAUCUGCAGACCGCUCUCUCCCCCGAGAGCAGAGGCAACGAUGGCGAGGAAGACGAUGCUAAUGGCGAGGGAGACCAUGCUGCUCCCAAUGGCGAAGAGAAGCACUCGAACGGCAGCAACGGUACAAUGAAUGCCAAGAUGAGGAAGAGAAAGAGGCAGGCAGAAGCCCGGGCCAAGGCCAAGGAGCUCAUGUGGGGAGAAGUAUGGAGGGCUAAGAAUCUGCCAAACGACAGUCUCUCACUCCCUCAAAGACCCAACAUUCUGAGCAUCUCCAUCCUUCCCUCAGCGAACCCUGCCGCAUCGUCAAACGAGAUUUCAACACCUCCCCCUCUGACCAUUGUCGCUGGGACGCGCGACGGUCUGGUCCGAAUCUACGAGCCCGCCAGUGGGGUCAGGAAACAUACAAAGGAAGUCAGGGUCGUCUUGCCUGGGCAAGGAGCUCUGAAGCUCGUGACCUGUUCCGGUACAAACGAGGACGAGGUAGUAGCUGCAGACAGCGCCGGAAAGCUCUAUGCCGUGGAUGUCAGUGAUUCAGGGAGGGUGAAGUACCAGUGGAAGGACAUCACAGGAGCAAUCACCUCUGCUGCUCCCCUUCCACCACCCGAAUAUGCGUCUGGCAGGUCUUCUGAGAGCCCUCUGCUCUUCACAACAUCCUUCGAUCGGCUGCUGCGUCUGCACACGCUCCCUACCUCGCCCUCUGAGCUCGUCAAGGGCUCUCAUGCAAGAGGCAAGAAUCUGUACAGCGCUUUUACGGGUGGAGCUGGCGUCGUUGCCUCUGUAUGGGAUGGGGUGGUGCCCAGGGUUUCGGCAGAGGACGAAGCAGCCGCGGAGGGAGACGGAGACGAGAGCAUGCGCAGCAGAAGGAACGGCGGUGCUCAUCGAGGACAAGGCAGCGAUACGGAAGGCUCAGAAGGAGAGGGAGACGAAGAGGAGGUGUGGCAGGCGAUGCAGGAGGUCGGUCAGGAGGAUGGGAAGCGCAGGAGCGGACGUAUCCGUGAUGCACGAAAGAACAGCAGCGGUGGAGAGGCAGUGCUCAACGGAGCUGGUGAAGAGGGCGGUGAAGAUGACGAGGCGGUCAAGGAGGCGAAGAGCAAGCGUGGUAAAAAGGGCGAGUGAGGGAGGCUCUGAGAGUAUGACCUGGGAGGGGGGCGAGGAAGGAAGGAACAGCAUCUCUUCUCAGCACGACCUCUGCCAUCUCGAUUCAGCAAGCAUUUGUAAUUCCAACUUCAUUCCUUC